AUGUUUUCUGAACGUUGGAUAUGUUGUUGUUGUCCAAAAACACAUAAACCUCAUCGAAGUAUUGUACCACUAGAACAACCACAACCACCACCACCACCACCAAAACAACGACCACAACCAGAACGACAAUCAUAUCCAGUACCAAAAAGUAAAAGAAGAGAUAAAAAAUCUGAUGUCACUUUAGCGGCUGUUGUUAUUAUUCAAUCAUGGUUUCGACGGAAACAAGCACGUUUUGAAAUACGACGAAAAGCUGCAUGGACAAUUUAUCAAAAUAUUGAAUAUGCUGGAGAACAAGAUCAACUUAAACUCUAUAACUUUUUUCUUGAUCUUAUGCAAGCUGUAACAAAAAAUCCUCGUGAUGCACUUGUUGUUGCUAAAGUAUUACGUCGUACUUCCAGUCUAACAGGAUCAGCUCUAGCUGAAGAAAUUGAAUUAGUACAAACAACUGGACCAGAUACAGUCUAUGUUGAAUCAUCAUACAAAGGACCACAUAUACAACUUCCUAUUAAUAAAGAACAAUUUGAAUCAUUAAUUCUUGCAUUACAACGCGGAGAAUUUCUUCAUGUGCGAUAUGUAUUAUUAAUAUUACAUGAAGUUCGACGAAUUCUUAAACGCUUACCCAAUGUAAAUGUCGUUUCAACACAUCAAUCAAAAUGUGUUACAGUUGUUGGUGAUUUACAUGGUAAUUUAUCUGAUUUAAUGCUCAUAUUCCAUAAAAAUGGUUUACCAUCCAAUGAAAAUCCAUAUAUAUUCAAUGGUGAUAUUGUCGAUCGAGGAACUCAUAGUCUUGAAUUAUUUAUUUUAAUCAGUGUCGCAUUUGUUGUCUAUCCAAAUAAUGUUUACUUCAAUCGAGGUAAUCAUGAAGAUCAUGUAUUAAAUUUGAGGUAUGGUUUUAUGAAAGAAAUAAUACGUAAAUAUAAAAGUCAAGCAACGAAACUUUUACUUCUAUUCGAAAAUAUCUACAGUUGGUUACCAGUUGCAAGUCUUAUUGAUGAUCAUAUAUUUGUUGCUCAUGGUGGUAUUAGUGAUAUAACUGAUUUAAAUAAAAUAAAUCAAAUCAAACGAAAUAAAUAUGUAUCAAUAUUAAGUCCAAGUUUUAUUAUACCAGACAAUGAUGAACAAUAUCAAAUAGAUGGUUUAUCUAAUGAACAAUUACUUGAAUGGAGACAAAUGCUUGAUUUAUUAUGGAGUGAUCCAAAACAGACAAAUGGUUGUGAAGCAAAUACAUAUCGUGGUGGAGGUUGUUAUUGGGGACCAGAUAUAACAAAGAAAAUUUUAGAGAAACAUAAUUGGAGUUUACUUAUUCGAUCACAUGAAUGUAAAGAAGAAGGUUUUGAUUAUUGUCAUGAUAAAAAGGUGCUAACAAUUUUUUCAGCAUCAAAUUACUAUGCAGCAGGUAGCAAUCGAGGUGCUUAUGUAAAAAUAGCUACUAAUCAACCACUAUCUAUUGUACAAUUUAUGGCAACGAAAACUACAGUUAAACCAUUAACAUUAUGGGAAAGAGUGUCGUUUGUUGAAGAACAAGCUCUUCGAAAUCUUAUGGAAAAAUUCAGCUCAAAUAAAAGUCGACUUAUGAAAGAAUUUUUAAUUAAAGAUCCAUCAAAAACUGGUCGUUUAUCUUUGAAUGAUUGGUGUGAUAUAGUUACAAAUGUUCUCGAUUUACACUUACCCUGGCGAACAUUAAAAUCACGUCUUGUUGAUAUUGAUCUAGAUGGAUCUGUUCUAUAUGAAUCAACAUUUCGUUCACAAGAAUUACAAUGUGCAUAUAAUUCGAAAUUGACUCACAGACGAGAAAGUCUAUGUCAAGCAAUUUAUCGGAAUAAAGAUUUACUUGAAACAGUCUUUCGAGCAAUUGAUCAAGAUAAUUCAGGUGUUAUAUCCAUGAAAGAAUUUACUGAUGUAUGUUCUUUUCUUGGUGAUCAUAAUGGAUCACCAUUUGAUGAAAAACAAAUAAUGGAUUUAGCAACAAGUAUUGAUCUUGAUAAAAAUGGUGUUAUUGAUUUUAAUGAAUUUCUCGAAGCUUUUCGAAUUGUUGAUUCUGGUGAUCGUGUUGGAGAACGUAUUUAA